CGCGGUCACCACUGACCGUGCUCCGUCGAGGGUCAGACCGCUGGUGCCCGGCGGAGGGAGAGCCAGGCCGGGCGUCGUCCCUGGAGAUACUAUGGAAAAGUACCAGGUUUUGCACCAGCUGAAUCCUGGGGCCUUGGGGGUGAACCUGGUGGUGGAGGAAACAGAAACCAAAGUGAAGCACGUGAUAAAGCAGGUGGAAUGCAUCGAUGAGCAUCAGGCCAGCAAGGCUCUGGAGGAGCUGAUGCCGCUGCUGAAGCUUCAACACGCCCACAUCUCUGUAUACCAGGAGCUGUUCAUCAUAUGGAACAAGGAGAUCUCCUCUCUGUUCCUCUGCCUGGUUAUGGAGCACAACACGGUAAGCUUCCAGAAGGUCAUUGAGAGUAAGAGGAAGGCCAAAGCAGCCAUUGACUCGGAGUGGAUGCAGAACGUGCUGGGCCAGGUGCUGGACGCUCUGGAAUACCUGCACCAGCUGGACAUCGUUCACAGGAACCUCAAGCCCUCCAACAUUGUCCUCGUCAGCAACGACCACUGCAAACUGCAGGACCUGAGCUGCAAUGCACUGAUGCUCGACAAAGCCAAAUGGAACGUCCGUGCAGAGCAAGACCCAUCUCAGAAGUCCUGGAUGGCCCCUGAAGCCCUCAACUUCUCCUUCAGCCAGAAAUCCGAUAUCUGGUCCCUCGGCUGCAUCAUUCUGGACAUGGCCAGCUGCUCUUUCAUGGAUGGUGCAGAAGCUAUGCGUUUGCGCAGGUCCCUCCGUCAGUGCCCUGAUGGCCUGCAGGGCAUCCUGAAGGCCAUGAAGGAGGAGCAGGUCCCAGAUGCAGAGACCUACGCUCUUCUUUUGCCAUUGAUGUUGCAAAUCAACCCCUUGGAUCGAAUAACAACACGAGACGUGAUACACAUCACUUUCGUGAAGAGCUCGUUCAAGUCCUCAAGCAUUACUCUGACCCUGCACCAGGAGGUGGUGCCUCCUUUCAUCACCAACAUGCUGUUGGAAAGCAACAUUGCCAGCAUUUUAGAGGUCAUGCAGAACUUGUCCAGCCAACCUGAAGUCCAGCUCAGGGCUAUGAAGAGGCUUUUGACAAUGCCUGAAGAUGAGCUAGGUCUGCCAUGGCCUGUGGAGAUGGUGGAACUCGUGAUCAACAUCAUGAAACAACACGAGAGGAUCCUCGACAUACAGCUGUGCGCCUGCUCUCUGCUGCUGCGCCUCCUGGGCCAAGCACUGGUGCAUGAUGCAGGGGCCGAGGCGCCCUGCAACCACUCUGUCUUCUCCAUCCUGCUGAGCGCCACACGGAGACACCCCGAGGCGGAGCAGCUCUUGGUCAUGGUCUACAGCCUGCUCACCAUUGUCUCCAGCCAGGGUGGGUCUUCUGCCUUGGGGGAGCUACAGAAGGCUGGGCUGUUUGAGCACAUCCUGGAGCACCUGGACAGAUUCCUCGAGAACAGGGACAUCUGCAUCAGCGGCCUGGGACUGCUCUGGUCCCUCCUGGUGGAUGCUGUUGUUGUGGACAAGGCCCUCUUGGAGAAGAUUCCGGCUCUCACUGUCCUGGUGCUGACUGCCCACCCCACGGAUGCAGAAGUGGCUGAAGCUGGCUGUGGGGUCUUCUGGCUGCUGUCCUUGCUGGGUCACAUAAAGGAGGAUGAGCUGGAACAGGUGGUGGCACUGUUCCUGCAAAGCAUCCGGCUGUGCCAGGACAGAGUCCUGCUGGUGAACAACGCCUACCGGGGGCUGGCCAGCCUCGCGAAGGCCUCAGAGCUGGCGGCAUUCCAGAUGGUGGUGCCAGGGGAGGGCAGCAGUGGCCUGGCCCUCAUCAAGGAGACCUACCAGCUCUACAGGGACGACCCUGAGGUGGUGGAGAACUUGUGCCUGCUGCUGGCCUACCUCUCGUCCUACAAGGAGAUCCUGCCAGAACUGGAGUCCAGUGGUAUCAAUGCCCUGGUCUGGGAGAUGAAGAGGCGCUUCACCUCCAGCCUGGAGCUGGUUUCUUAUGCAGAAAAAGUGCUCCUGAGGCUGGAGGGGGAGCUGCGUGGCACUGACGCUGGGGAGGACACAGACACCCCAAAGGCCUCCCCACUCCAUGGACCCCAGGUGACUCCCACCAAAACCCAUUGUCAGGUUGGCAGCGACAGCCCAGAUGUCGUGUCCUCACUCUGGUGGUCAGUGGACGGCAGUCGCCAGGCACGCCCACAGAGUUUCCUGGCAUCUUCCCCUGCCACGGCCCUGCCCACCCUGUCCCCAAACACACACGAGGUCUCAGACCUCAAAGUCACGAGGGAGCAGGACGUUCUCAGUAGCAUGCAGGCCACGCCCCCGCUGCCAUCAUCUUGA